CGAAUAACGAAAUACUACAGUACUGGGAAAGCGCUUAUGUAGCGCUUUAGUACACGACCACAACGAGCUUCAUUCCUGCGAUACUUCAAUAUACCAUAAACUAGGAUGUCUGGCACGGCAGAAGGCUCGGUUAAAACCACAGUCUCGCGUCCAGAGCUUCCGCAUUACUUUUGGCGGCAUCAAAGUCCUACUCGUACCCGGAUUCAAUAUAUCACAAAUCACCUGAAAGCAGAUUUCGAGUUAUCUCGGUUGGCCAUAGGACCUCUUGGUUUUGACCUAGAAUGGCGCCCCAACUACAGGAAGGGUGGGAGGGAGAACCGCGUAGCGCUUGUUCAGCUUGCUGGUUUCGACACCAUAUUGCUCCUACAAAUAAGCGCCAUGUCAGAAUUUCCGUUGAAAUUGAAGGAAGUGCUUGGGGAUCCAUUGCGAGUCAAGACUGGCGUUAGCAUCCAACGUGAUUGCCAAAAGUUGUAUCGGGACUGGGGGGUUUCAACACGCAACUGCGUAGAGCUAGCACUUCUCGCUCGUUCGGUCGAUAAUGCCCGAUGGAAGGGAAAGUACACCAGCCCACUUGGGUUAUCUCGCCUUCUUGAGACCUACGUGGGUUUCUCUUUGGCGAAGGGAAAGGUGCAACGCAGCAAUUGGGAGCUCCGUCUUUCCUCGGUCCAGCAAGACUAUGCAGCUAACGACGCGUGUGCUGGGUAUGCUAUCUAUACUCGGUUGAUCGUCUUGGCUGGAGAUAUGCCCGAUGUAAACCCAUAUUACUACUCCCUUAGUGUUGUGAAUGGCUUCGUGCUAGAUCACCUUGGGAUUUCACAGUGGAUUCCCCACAACCCUCAUUACGAUCCAGGUCCACCGCCUCCACCCAAGGAACCGAAGGAACCGAAAAAGAGAAAUGAAACACACAGAGCACCGACGUCGAGUACCGUCAGUCAAGGCACAGCUUCUUCCGGAUCCUCUUUGCAGGACGGAAUUAGUAUAAGUGCCAGACAGGGUCCUCUGCUUGCCGGUGUCCCUGUUUCCCCUGCUGUGAACUCACGAGCAGGGGCUUUCCAUCGAAUUCCUCGUAAUCGCUCUACUUCCACCCAACGGCCUCAGAAUCAUAGUUAUGACCCUGCACAAUAUUCUGUUACCAUGCGCUUCCAGUAGCCUGGACACCAGGCAGGAGCACGACAUGAUUCGCACCAGAAUGCCGGGAAAGGAACUACUUUUCCCAUCAUGGUCUUCGGAUUACGAUUUUUGCCAAGGUUGCAAAAUAGUACGGGCUGUUGUUCAAUCUGGCUAGUGGAUGUGAGCUGUUGAUUAUUUGGAUCCCACAUGUGAUAAUGGCGAUCCUCGUGAAGUAUCUUGUUUCUUAACUAUAUUAGAUUCAUAACCUCCUUGAAAGAUCAUGCGCCAUUUUGUCACAAAAUAUUAUCUAUUUCUAUUGCAGUUGAGGAAACUGGGCACUUGUCAUUCUAAGCCGACUCUUGGGACUUGCUGUCUUGCCCUUCUGGCACGCUAGACCGCAUAUACU